AUGCAUCGGUCACCGCUCGUCGCCGCCGACGUAUUCGCCAGCGCCUAUUCACGCCCAGCGACGCGCGAGGGGCUCGAGUCUCCUCCCGCUCACGAUCCCCCUCCACCACCUCUUCACUCGCCUCCCUCCAUCACCUCGUCCAACUCUGCCCCUCAUUUGGCUCAGUCGCAUUCGGCCAACAGCAUCGCCACCGUCACGGAGAGCAGCAGCAGCAGCAGCCUCAGCAACAGCAACGCCAACGCCAACCAACAGCAACAGCAGCAAUCGACCCCACGCAGACCCGUCUUCGGCCGUAAGCCCGCCUCCUUUACGGGAUCUCGUCGUCGCUCCAGCUCUGGCGCGCCUUCAAUCGUCGCCACAAAUGCCGUCGUGACCGAUACCGCUGCCCCGCCUGCCUUGCCCGACUACGCACUCUCCGCCGCUGCAAAGAUCGCCGCCAGAGAUCCUGACGCUGUUCUCCCGAGCCCUAGUAUCGGUCCCGAAGGUGGACACCCCGGAAGGAGUAUGCUCGCCAGGUCAGGAACCUCGACUACCCUCAACAUGAUGCCGCCGCCUCCCACCUCCGUGGGAGGCGGCUCCAGCGCCAAUGGCACUAGUUUUUGGCAGCCUACCGACGCGAGCGUUGUCCACCAGCAAAUCACAGAUCUAGCCAACAAGCGUAUCGCUACUCUAGACUACCUACGAAGAGCUCACGGUGGUCGUGUCUACUGGUUCAACGCCUACCUGAUCGACAGGUCUGACAUUGGCCGCAUGCCAUCGUUUGACUCACGUAGACUAGCUCGCAAAGCAACCAACUACCUCCUCCUUGGCCUGUCACUACCCGUCAUCAUCGAUCUCUACUCCACAACGCCCCUCGAAUUCCUCCGCUGCCUAGGAAGCCUCCUAUCCGAAUUCGACUCGUUCCAGCAGCUGCGUAACGACUCAUCCUCUGCCGCCCUGGCCCGCGCCCGCAUCCCCAACAUGUUCCGACGCCCAGGCGGAAAGACGCGCCGCUCGACAUCCGCUGCCGACACUGCUGAGGAGGCAGCCGCCGCCGCCGCCGCGUCUGUAGGCCCCUUGGAUGGUGGUGCCGGAAUAUCAGGCAUGAGCCCCGGCUCCAGCGCCCCUUCGUUCAUGAAUUUCGCCGCUGGCGAGUCUGAUCUUGUGCCCGGAGAAGAGUACACGUACCUCCUCACUCCGUCGCUGCCGUUCGACCCCGACUACUUCGAGACGUUUGAGACGCUGUGCGACACACUCAUCGACUGCUACGCGCGGUUCCUGGCCCUUGUGCCUACGCCGCGGGAGUGCUCCGCGUCCGUGGCAGAGCUGUUCACAAAGGCGGAUGUGCGCGUGCGAAAAAUCAUUGUCCAAGGUGUCGUGAAGGAGUUUGAAGAUUGUAGCCGCGCCAAUGUCCGCUCUGAAAUCGCUAAUGUCGGCAAGGUGGUCUUGGGCGGUCUGGUAUAG